ACAGGUACAAACAGUCAACCCUGGAUCAAAGCUGAAUCUUCUUCUUUUUGGCCAAAGGGAUACAGCAUGUCCGAAAUGCUUGACAUCUUCACGAAGAACCUUAUGACCCUGGCCCUGGAUGAAGCGUUGCUUCCGAAACAAUCUCAAAUCAAAGCCCCGGGGCAGAGUCGGCUGCACCGGUCAGCCUCCUUCUUCUCUCCCCCCUCCCCUCCUCCCUCCUCGAGCCACAGCUUGAGCACCGAGCAUGUUAACAAUAAUGAAAACGGCAGCCCUUUCUGGUCCUCCAACAUCUGGAGCCAGGGCCCUGAAUCCAAUCCCAAACAGCCCCCCUUCAGGCCUGACCGCUCCAUGAGCCUGACGGAGUCCAGCAGCAGCCUGCUGUCCUCCUUCAGAAAGCUGUCUAACCUGGACGCUUUUCCCUCUACUACCACUGUGGCCCCGCCGCCCGGCUUUGCUCCCUCGUCUAACCUCCCACCCCAGAUUCAACAAUUGGUGGCCCCCAAUCGUUACAAGACGGAGCUUUGCCGUGGCUUCCAGGAGACUGGCAGCUGCAAGUAUGGCAGCAAGUGCCAGUUUGCCCAUGGUGAGGCCGAGCUGCGUGGAUUGUUCCGCCACCCCAAGUACAAGACAGAGCCCUGCAGAACCUUCUACAACUUUGGUUACUGCCCCUAUGGCUCACGCUGCCACUUUCUCCAUGAGGACAAAAUCAGCGGAGGUCCGCUACCAUCUUCCAAAUACCAGAAUCAACAGCAGCCAACUCCUGGUGGUCAGAAUCCACGCCACCAGUUGCGCCAAAGUGUCAGCUUCGGUGGCUUCCUGGGCUCUUCACGCAGCUCGCCUCCUCCCUCAUUCCUCUCAUCCUUCAAUGAUCCUAACCUAGGCUUCAGCCGUGCUCCGUCUGUUUCCCCACCUCCCGCUGACCUCCUCUCCCCAGUGUUCGGUGACUCCCUGCAGCGGGAGCCAACAGCAUUCCAGUUUGGCAACCAUCAGACCCGUGCCAGCACCGGAGACAUCCACAACAUUCCUCUCACCAUGGAGCCAAAGGCCUCACGCUGUGUGUGUGGCCAUGGAAAUAACUUUAACGGCAACAACAACAGAGUCUUCAACAGCAUUGAGGAUGGGCACAAGCAGGACAUGCCCUUUUCUGGUCCCGGAGGCCACGCAGGAUUCAUGAAGCCUGCUGGCCUCCAGCGUUUUUCCUCCGAGGACUCCCUGGAGGACAGCUACAGCAGCAGCAGUGGAGGCUCCAGUGGAACCGAGUCUCCAACAUUAGACGCAGCCAGUAAGAGGCUCACGGUGUUUGAGCGUCUAUCCCUGUCCGACUAAAGGGAUGGAAAAGGGAAGGAGCUGAAGGCGACUGUUAACGGCGCUUAUUUAUCUGAACUUUCUGCAGAGCCAGAUCUGAUCAGGACAAGUCCAUUUUUUAAACAAUAACACUUAAAGUUCUUAAUUACGUUAAAAUGGAACUUGACUUGGGAAAACUACACAUGAUGAGAUGAUUUUAGUACCCAAAUGUUAUCAGAAUAUUUUUAUAUUUACAAAUAUUAUGUAGCUUAUUCGACCUUUGUAUGUGGUCUUCCAUAAAAAUGAACUCCUCUGCAGGUCUUGACAAUGCCAGUAAAUAUUCUGGUUUGUACUUACCUUAAAUCUGUAGUGAUCAAAACGGCUUAUCUUUAGUGAAUCAUUAAUUCCUACGCCUUAAAGAUUCUCCCUGCCUCAUAGGCUAUUUACUCUUGGUGCCACCAACAGUAUGUUUGAUUCAGUAGCCUUAAUCAAUGAGACCUGACAUGUGUCAUUGAUGCCAUUUUAUCUGUGAUAUGCACUUUAAAGCUAAUCCUAAAUGGGAGAAACUGUCAAGUCUCCCAGUAGCAUUCAACCAAAGCUUCAUACUUCAUUCUGCUUGUGUGUGUGUGUGUGUGUGUGUGUGUGUGUGUGUGUGUGUGUGUGUGUGUGUGUGUGUGUGUGUGUGUGUGUGUGUGUGUGUGUGUGUGUGUGUGUGUGUGUGUGUGUGUGUGUGUGUGUGUGUGUGUCAUUUUCCUGAGACCUGGGGUGCAAGCAUGUAUACAGUAAGUUGCAGAAUGCUAAAAGAUCAAAGUGUGCUAGCAGCAAAAUGUAUGUCAGUGAGUUUGGAUUUUAAUAUCUCUAUCCUGACAAACUUUACGAGAUUUAUUAUGUAAAACAUUCUGCUAUCUUUUCUAGUUUGUAAAUUGCACCCCAUCAUUAAUUGUCCCGUUUAUUUGACAACCUGGUUCAGGGACUUUAACACCACAGUAUUCCUUUCAGUUCUUGGUUGCCUUGUGUUGUUUAACUUAAACUAAUAUAUUUAUUAUGAUAUUUAUUUGUGUCUAAGGAAAAAAAAUGUAUUUUGUACUUAUUUAUGGAGAAAUAUUUCAACGUCUGUGAAAUACCAAUGUGAGAAAAAGCAGUAAAAAAAAAGAAAAUGUUAUAUUUUUAAUUGCCUGAAAGGGAAAAAACUAUUUCUGAAUAAAGAAAUGAAUGUAUGCUU